UUACAGGAACUGCAAUUGCAGGCACUGGGAAGUAAAAACAAAAGAAGAUAUUUAAUUAAUUCUUGGAAAGAGUGAAGAAAUAAAAUUAAGGAAAGAUGAACUCCGGAGAUGGCUGUGGAGCGAAUCGCGAGCUGCCGUCAACGUCGAAACGGCGAUCCGAAGAUUCGGAGGAAGAACCUCCCAGGAAAAGAGUGGAAGCUUGUCACGAUGCAUCUGGGGAAAUGAAACUCUACCGCGCCGUCCGAUGCAGUGACCGGUGCGCAACUCUCGCAAUCUCAACGGCUGGACCGAAAGACCUUGGCAUGCAAAAUGAGCGAGGGUGGACCGCCUUGCAAGAGGCCAUCAAGUGGAGACCUGCAGAAGUUGUGAAAAUGUUGCUGGCAGCUGGGUCCAGCAGCCACCUCGGAGCCACACACCCUCUUCUCGAGAUGCAGGACAAUGAUGGGAACACCGCCCUACAUGUGGCUGUUUAUCGUGUGCGCCUCGAAACGCCAAUGGACGAAAGCCCCUCGUAG